CGACUAGUUCAGUCAUUUACAACCAACUUUUCAACACAACUUAACCCAGAGGCCACCGGUUGAGUCAAUACAUUAAUACAAACUGCUGACAGUUACAUCCAGCUAAUUUUUUUUGUCUUUUGACAUUGUUUUAUUUUUUACCAUCCCCCCUUUUUAAUAGACGAGCAUAUUUGUCUCAAUUGCAUCAUAGGUUUCAUCCAGUAUAAUAAUGCCAGAAAGUUCAUCAGCAAAUACUUUAGCAAAAGAACAAACAAUACUACCACAAAAGAAUGGUCAAGUUUUUAAAGAAUCAUCGUCAUCAAGCAUCCCGGAAUCCCCAACUCUGAUGUCAACGCCGAUAGCAACUACUACCGCUAAUCGCGUUGUUUCAUUGCCAACCAAAACUAACUCUAACAAAUUAACCAAACUGUCUAGUAAUGACAACGUCAACAAUAUCACUCCUUCACCUCAAGGAAACCGGUUUGGUUUGAACUUCUUGUCAGGAUUUGGCAUGAGAUCUCAUAGUUUAUCUUCUACUGAACGAAAUGGUGGCGUUGCUGAAAUGGCAAACAGUCCCACUAUUUCUAACUUGAAUGGAUACCUGCAUGAAGAUUUCCAUCCUGUUAAUGGAGGAGCGAUUCAUCUUGCCACUAAUGAAGAAGUUGCCGAAGAAAAUAGUGAUAACGAUGGAGAUCACGAAGAAGAAGGAGGAGAUGAAGAACCACAAUCACCACGCCGGAGACGUCAGGAUACUUUAUUUGAUCCAAAUACUACUAGUUCUGGUACUGAUGCCAUUAAUUUAGAAGAUACUCUAGACAAGAAUAGUCCUAUGGAUAAGGAUGGAUUCUAUUCGGUCAGAUUAACCCCCCUUAUUGACCAUUCCUCAUCAUCAUCUGGAUUAUAUUUCCCACCCAUUAUUCGGAAAAUUAAACCUGAUUCAAGUAUUUCAAUUGGAAGAUAUACCGAGAAAAACAAAGCAGCAGCCCAUGCUCCCCAAGGAUCUUCAGCACCAAUUGUUUUCAAAAGUAAAGUUGUUUCAAGAACUCAUGCAUUAUUUCAAUGUAACGGCGACGGUCAAUGGUUUUUAAAGGAUUGUAAAUCAAGUUCAGGAACGUUUUUAAAUCAUAUUAGGUUAUCACCAGCAUCCCAAGAAUCCACUCUAAUGCCAUUAAUCGAUGGUGAUAUUAUUCAAUUAGGUAUGGAUUAUCGAGGAGGUACUGAAGAAGUUUACCGAUGUGUUAAAAUGAGAUGUGAAUUUAACAAGAGUUGGCAAAGAAAGGUAAACCAAUUCAAUUUAGAAAUUCAUAAGAAAUUAAAAUCAUUGCAUUUAAAUGACGAAACAGUUAUUGAAGAAGGUAAAGAUAUGACUGAAUGUGUUAUAUGUCUUAUGAAAAUUGAACCAUGUCAAGCAUUAUUCAUUAGUCCUUGUUCUCAUACGUGGCAUUAUAAAUGUAUUAGACCAAUUAUAAUAAAGAGUUAUCCUCAAUUUUAUUGUCCAAAUUGUCGGACAAUGUGUGAUUUAGAAACUGAUCUUGAUGAAGAUGAUUAAUAUUCGCUGGUCGGAAUAAUUGUGUUUUUUUUUGAUAUUAUAUAGUAAUAGAAGUAUAAUUUGAACUGUAAGUGGAACGUCCAGCU